AUGGGGCGUGGGUACAGCAACAGCCGCAGCAAGAGUGCGCGGCCGACCCUGCGGAUGAAGCGCCGGCGGUCACUUUCGCUGCAGCAAUUGAGAGGGUCCGUGCGACCGGCCCACACGACGCGCCAGAAAGUCGCUGCCGUCCCAAAGCCGGAGGCCCAAACCCCAACGGUAGAUGCGGGACACAAAACCUCAGCAAAGCGGGCACCAACGCCGCAGCGAGGCGGCAGUGCGAGGGUGCGGUCUGCGUCCACGAUUCGUCAAAAGCUCGCGCUCAUGGAGAAGGAACUCGAGGGUGAGUUGGAGCCGGCAGAGCGGGUGGCAGAGACAAUUGUGAAGCCGGACGUUAGGACAAAAUACAAGUCUGCCGGGCGUGCUCUUGACGAGGUGAUGGACAUCCUCACAGCUGCGUGCGUGCCAGGGGCAACCACAAAACAAUUGUGUGAUCGUGGUGAUGAAGAACUUCUGCAGCGGGUGCGAGCGAUGUUCUCCAAGGCGAAGGACGCGGACGGUAACCGCAUUCUCCGCGGUCUCUCGUAUCCAACAAAUGUCUCGGUGAAUUACGUCCUCUGCAAUCAUGCACCGUUGGUAGAAGAAGAGGCCAUCGUGCUGCGCGGUGGCGAUGUGGUGACGAUUCAUAUGGGGUGCCACAUUGACGGCUACCCGGUCACUGCAGCAAGAACGGUUUUUGUGCCACAUGACGUCACUGCUGCAAAUGAAGAGGUGCGGCAACUCACUCAAGGGGCAAGUAACGCGGUGGAGGCGGCACGUGUGGCAUUGCACGGAAUGAUUCAUCUCCUGCAGCCAGGCAUGUUGAACGCGGAUAUCACAGACUUUAUACACCGUGUGGGAAAUUACUUUGAAGUCCAGGGACUAGAGGGCGUACUCUCAAACCGCACAAAACGAUGGGUUCCAGAUGGCAUGGAAUGCAUCAUCACACGACGUGUGUCAGCGGAGGACCCUCACCAGGACGUUGCAGAUUGUACCAUAGGUGCAAAUCAGGUGUGGACGCUGGAUGUAGCCUUUACCGAUCAUCCCUCGUACAAGGUGUCACCUGCUGAUGGUGUGACAACAAUUUACCGUCGUAACGAAGUGGAAUUUCAGAGUGACGCCCGCGUGCGCUCUGUACUUGCCUCGCUACAAGAAAUUACAGAGAAGCACCAGUGUUUCCCGUUUAGCCUCAAACACUUGGAGAACCCUCUUAAGGCACGCAUGGCCGUGGCGAUGUUGCGGCGGCAGGGCGUUAUUGACCCUCUUUCUGUCCUGCGCAUCAAAGGGGAUCGUCACAUCACCGCACGUUUUUCCGCCACGGUGGCUGUCUCUGAGAGGCGCGUGACGGUGUUGUGUGGGCUGCCACCAGCAGAGCCGUUGGUUGUGCCGGACGACGUGCGACCUCCGCCUCUUCCAGAUGACAUCGCUGCCGUGUUAUCCGAACCCCUCGUCUUUGCAAAGGGAGGGGAGAAGCAGCAGGAGAAGAAAGCAGACAAGGAAGAAAAGAAGAAGGGGUUACAUGCCGCAGCGGAUUUCAAUGCCAAUGAAAAGGAACAGCAGGAGGAAUGA